AUGCGACAAAAAGAUAGGAAAGGUUUGCUGGAUCUUCUUUCGUCUCUCUUCGGAGACAUCACUCUCCUCGAGAGUUAUAACCUGUCGGGAAGACAGCUGAACCUAACUAACCAAUUCAGACCGGACCAGCUGGUCGUAAUGAAUUACAAGGACGACGAGCGCCGCUGCUGGCUGCUGGACGAGGGGCACCUGGAACCCGGCUGUCCCCGCGACCAGCUGCUCGGGACUCCGGGUCGCGAUCUCAUCAACACGAUGUACACCAUUCGGCAGAUGCUCCACGACACAAGUCUGCAGCUGCAGUGGACCAUCUCCUCCACCGUCGGCUGGGCCUAUCGAGCCGGCACCUGCUUCGGUCACAGUGCUGUCCAGUCCUCCUGCGUCACCACCGACGCGUCCGCAACCAGCCUCCUCGGCAGCAGCGCCGCGCCCGGCCACCACCGCAGCGCCAUCUUCCACCACCCCCACAUCAACGGUACCAAAAUUGUCAUUGCACCACCCAGAAUCGUUUCUCCCCUCGAUUAUGUACGCUACGUCUGCUCCGAGGACUUUCAAAUGGGUCAAGGGCUAAAACGUGCUUAUCAGCACGCCUGUCUUGUCAAGUAG